CCUAAACGGAGAGGCAGGCCACCCAAGAAGACUCAAACAUUGAGUCUGAACCCCACCAAGGGCAAAACUUCAAACAAAACGUCAUCUGAUGAAAACAAAGAACCUAAACGGAGAGGCAGGCCGCCCAAGAAGACUCAAACAUUGAGUCUGAACCCCACCAAGGGCAAAACCUCAAACAAAACGUCAUCUGAUGAAAACAAUGUGCCACAAAAGAGAGGCAGACCAUUCAAACAGAAAGCAACAGGGACUCUUAAGAUCCACACUCAAGACUGUAGUGUAGUGCUGAGAAGGCUUGGUGGGGGCAGUGAGGGCAUCCAGUCUGUAAAUAAAACAAAUGAAACCAGGACAGUGUGCAGUAUUAGAGGUGCAGAAGAGGAGGAGCAAAGACCUCAAGAGAGCAGUGAUGGUAUUGUGAAGUUGGUGCAGGAGGCAGUGGGAGGGACUGCUGGUAUUCUGCAUAGGGUUGAAUAUGGGAAGUAUAUAAUCUGCCUCCUUGACACCAUGGACACGAUGCUUAUCAUGGUAAAUCAAAACUCACCCAGUGAAACUAGUUCUGGCAAAGAAACAGAAGCAACUACAGGAAAGACUUCCAAAAAAGAGAAGAAAAAAGCCCAAGGAAGAGAACAGAGUACAAGAACUCAUACUGGCAGCAACAUGGAAGCAAACACACAAGUAGAACAAACUGUCAAUAAAAUUACUAACACAGAGAAAAGAAAAAAGGUAGAUCAAACAGCUAAAAAAACUAACAACAAAGAAAAAGAGAAAAAAGCCAUAGAAAAACAGCAGACAAUGGAUAAGAAAGCAAGGAGUAGCACAAGAACUGAAUCCUCACUCCAUCAUGAGGCGAUGCAACAGUCUGAGUCAACUGUUGAACAUCCUACAGUGAAAAAGAUGGGACAGAAUAACAGCCGAAAAAGGGAGCACAGCUCAAACGCAGUCAAGUCACCGAAGAGACAAAGGAAUGAGCCAAGCGUGCCCGCCAAGGCUUCUGUUGCAACACACCUGGCCAUAGAUGCCAUGUUGUCACCUGGGCAGAAUAGCGGCAUUGUUCCCAGCAGUGAAGGCAAUGUGCUGAAGAGAUUACAUGUUGAUCCAGAUGCAGGAACAGAUAAAGUUACAGGUCAGUUUAUGCAGCAUGAACUUCCUAACACCGGUGAAUCACCAAAUCAGCCAAAAAAAGCACGUGACCUAGAAGUCUCUGACAGAAGUCUUUCUUCCGAUGGGUCAGAGUCAGAGUCACAGUAUGAAGACAGAUUGCUUACUGAUAGUGAUGAAGAUGACAUGAUUUCAGAAUUUAGUGCAACCCAGAAAAAGAAGAGCUUCCUCCAUCAGACACGAGAAAGGCUGAAAAGAAGGAAUUACAGACCAAAGCACAGAGAGUCAGUGAGCAAAGUUAUAUUCGAUAGUGACGAUGACAUCCUUAUUAUGGAACCGCCCAAGCCUGUGCCCAUGUCAGAAGACAAGAAAGACAACACAAAUUCUGAAAACAGCCAGAGCACAAAGGGGGUGCAGGGCAGACCCAUCAUGGCAUCACCAUAUGUUUCCCUGAAGACCCAAAGACCCAUUAGGAGAGCUGCAGGUGGACACCAGCGAAGCCUGACCACUAGCAGUUCCUACAUCCAAGGCCUCAUCAGUAACUCCAUCAUGAAGAAUGUUCCAGAGAUGAUGACUUCGGCCUCAACCAGGGUACCAGUGGACGGUCAAACAGAGGAGGAACCUGACCCUGAGGACAUGUGGGAUCUCCUGCCAGCCCUCCCCCAGCGGUCCUCCAGCUCCCUUGCCGCAAGGGCUGCCAAGACCAGCCUGCAAGAAUCUGGCAUAACGGUGGGUGUUCUGUGAUCAACUUUAUUUCCAUCAUUGUGAAAGUUUUUUUUAAUGUUUUGCUCCUCCACUUCCUUCUUCCAGUUGUAACUAUUUGAAUUAGCAUCAUUUCCCAGCAUGAAAAGCCUGACUAUUAAACCACUAAUCAUUACUAAGCAGCAUAUAUCUCAUUUUGUUUCCUCCAGUUUUCUGUCUUUUCUAUCAUUCAUUACUUAUUAAUUCAUUUACCUCUCUAUUCCUUCUAUCAUUCGUUCAUUCAUUCAUCCCACAGGAGACUGCAGCCACUGCUCCAGAGAGGCCAACAACUGUCACCAGCACCAACAUUAGUGGUGCAGUCAUCACAUCAAAGGUAUACUAUAUACUUUUCUAGAUGAAAAAAAAGAAAAAUAUCAAUUGAUUAAUAGAUUUACAUAUAUUUCAGAUAUUCAAGAAUUUAUUAUUUAUAUAAGUUGAUGUAUUCAUUCACUUAUUUACUAUUUUAUAUUCCUAUUUGAGAGAUGUAUGGAGGUCAGUUGUAUUUAAGGAGAUUGGUUGUAAUGUAAGACUAUAAAAAUUUUUGGCAGGCAGAUUAUAUACUUCCCAUAUUCAACCCUAUGCAGAAUACCAGCAGUCCCUCCCACUGCCUCCUGCACCAACUUCACAAUACCAUCACUGCUCUCUUGAGGUCUUUGCUUCUCCUCUUCUGCACCUCUAAUACUGCACACUGUCCUGGUUUCAUUUGAUUUAUUUACAGACUGGAUGCCCUCACUGCCCCCACCAAGCCUUCUCAGCACUACACUACAGUCUUGAGUGUGGAUCUUAAGAGUCCCUGUUGCUUUCUGUUUGAAUGGUCUGCCUCUCUUUUGUGGCACAUUGUUUUCAUCAGAUGACCUUUUGUUUGAGGUUCUGUCCUUGGUGGGGUUCAGACUCAAUGUUUGAGUCUUCUUGGGUGGCCUGCCCCUCCGUUUGGGUUCUUUGUUUUCAUCAGAUGACCUUUUGUUUGAAGUUCUGUCCUUGGUGGGGUUCAGACUCAAUGUUUGAGUCUUCUUGGGUGGCCUGCCCCUCCGUUUGGGUUCUUUGUUUUCAUCAGAUGACCUUUUGUUUGAAGUUCUGUCCUUGGUAGGGUUCAGACUCAAUGUUUG